GGUAACGGAUCAUGACAUAACCCCCCCCUUAAGGGACGGAUCCCAGACGUCCCAAACUAGAAACCCCUCCCCUAAAAAAAAAAAACCUCCAGAAUAAGUCAAAAGUCACGGGAGGGUGGAGGGAGGUCUUGGUGGUGGGCCGCCCAGCCAUGUGUCCCCGAAGCCACCGGGGACAAGUCAGGUGGCGGCGGCGAGUAGAUUGUCGCCGCCUUUGUCGAGGCGGGCGACCUCGGAAUGGCCAUGUCUGUGGCCGUUGAGGCGGACGAGACUGACGCCAGAACCUCAGCAGUCUUUGAGUCCUACACCCAAGUCCUGGGCGUCGCUGCUGUUGGCGCCAAAAGCGUCCAUAAAAAGUCCAGAGACGAGGAGGUGGGCGGCGCCGUGGUGUGGCCCGCCAGACACGAGUAGGUGGGCGGCGCCGUGGUGCGGCCCGCCUGACAUGAGGAGGUGGGCACGUCGUCGGCGAAGCAGGCGUAGAAGCCGUGGGAGGCGUGGUAGGCGAGGCAGGUGUGGAAGCCGCGGGAAGCGUCAUCGCCGUGGAAACAGGAAGCGUCGUCGCCGUGGAAGCAGGAGGCGUCGCCGUGGAAGCAGCAGGAGGCGUCGCCGUGGAAGCAGCAGGAGGCGUCGCCAUGGAAGCAGGAGGCAUCGCCAUGGAAGCAGGAGGCUCGUCUGUCGGCGUGGGCGGAGCCAGAGGCGGAGCAGGCGGCUCGUCUGCCGGCGUGGGCGGAGCCAUAGGCGGAGCAGGCGGCUCGUCUGCCGGCGUGGGCGGAGCCAUAGGCGGAGCAGGCGGCUCGUCUGCCGGCGUGGGCGGAGCCAUAGGCGGAGCAGGCGGCUCGUCUGCCGGCGUGGGCGGAGCCAUAGGCGGAGCAGGCGGCUCGUCUGCCGGCGUGGGCGGAGCAGGCGGCUUGUCUGCCGGCGUGGGCGGAGCAGGCGGCUCGUCUGCCGGCGUGGGCGGAGCCAGAGGCGGAGCAGGCGGCUCGUCUGCCGGCGUGGGCGGAGCCAGAGGCGGAGCAGGCGGAGCAGGCGGCUCGUCUGUCGGCGUGGGCGGAGCAGGCGGCUUGUCUGCCGGCGUGGGCGGAGCAGGCGGCUUGUCUGCCGGCGUGGGCGGAGCAGGCGGCUCGUCUGCCGGCGUGGGCGGAGCCAGAGGCGGAGCAGGCGGCUCGUCUGCCGGCGUGGGCGGAGCCAGAGGCGGAGCAGGCGGCUCGUCUGUCGGCGUGGGCGGAGGUCUCAGCUGGACUGCUAGGUGGGCCGUAGGGGGAAUCAUCACCUGCAGCGCGGGUCUCGUGUGCUUUGCAGAGCUGGAGCAGGAGGUGGAGAGGAUGGUGUUUGCAGGACCACCAGCGUUGAUGGUGGCGUCAGCGUGGCAGGCGUGGGAGGAGCCAGAGGAGCAGGAAGUAGGGCCGAAGCAGACAGCUCCCCCGCUGGAGGAGAGGCAGGCAGCAACCUCAGUGGAAUGAGGUCUGCUUGCCCCGCUGACACGCUACCAGCACUGGCCCCCCCCUCAGGAAGCAGAUUCCAGAUGCUAGAUGGAGCUGGUGGGGGGAGCGCUUGUGCGGGUUCGGCGGGAGCAGAGGGCACGGGCGGGUGGGCU